AUGAUUAGUGAAAUGAUUUCGCCAGAGGGUGCAUGGAACUUACAUUUCUCUAGACAUUUGAAUGAACGAGAGGUGCUCGAGGUAGUGAAUCUUCUACAGCUCAUUAGUGAACCAUCUGUAUCAGGUAAUGAAGAUUCAAGGAAAUGGAGAUAUGGUGACAACUUUUCUGUGGCUAGUGCAUACUCGGCUCUUGAGACAAAAGACUUGCUAACGUUCCCGGAUAAGCAUCUCUGGAACUCAAAAGUACCUCUAAAGGUUUCCUUUUUAGUUUGGACAUUAUGUUACAGUGGAGCUCCAACCCUGGAUAAGCUUUAUGCUGCCGGAAUGGUUCAAGAUUCCAACUGCCUCUUUUGUGAUCAGAUGGUGGAGACGAAUGAGCAUUUACUCAUUCAUUGUAGUUACGUCUUUGAGGUAUGA